CAAGCCGAAACAAACUUAUGCCAAGAAAUACUGCUGAACUGUGGGUUUGUUCAGAGGCUCUGGCCUAGAAAGGACUCAGCCAGCCCCACUGGAGGGAUAAACAAUUAGCUGAACCUACCUGUGUGCCAGGAGUGUGGAUUGUGCAGCUUGAUUCUAGGCUUGUCCAAGCCAAAAGAAUGUUUCUGACUGUGGCACUACUUCGAAACAGAAUUCCUGGGAAACAGUGGAUUGGUAAACACAGACGACCAAAGGUGGUUACCUUGGCAAUGAAGCGCAGCAUGAUUCAAAAGUUGGAAAUUGAAGCUGAAAAUGAGUACUGGCUGAGCCGGCCAUACAUGACACGAGAGCAGGAGUAUCGCCAUAAUGAGGAACGUAGGAGGGCAAAGUGGCAAGCAAUCAUAGCUGCAAAAAGAUCUAAUUUUCCUGAGCACAGAUAUGCCACAGAACAUCUAAACCAUCUUAAUGUGACCAAGAAAUGGGAAAGCACUUAAAUAUCAGUUUAUGUAGUUUAUUAAACUUUGUUCUC